AUGCGUGAAAUCUGUGAUGCGCUUGUGGAGAGAAGCAAGGUUGAUGGUAGUCAUUCAUUUAUGAGUGGUGGGAUUAAUGGAAUCCAAGUGCCAUUCAAUGAUAGGAAGUGCAAGAUGUGGGACGGUCAAAAUUGA